UUCGAAUCGACUCCGGACAAAAGACUGACUCGAGAUUCGGCUGAAUUUGUCCUACGUGUGUUUACGCUUAUAAAACCGGAGCGUCUGCGGUGCGUCGCGCCUUAUCGAGCCCUGCAAGAAGCGAGCAUGUCCUCCAAACCGAGCGAAGAGCCAGGAUCUGAGAGUGGGUGGUGCGGAGACGAUCUGGACAGGAUGGAUGGGUUCGGGAGGAACAGCUUGGGCCGAUUUGGAUUCUCAGGGGACGGACUGCAGCUGACAGACGAGCCGAGAGGACACGAACUCCAGCAUCCGCCUGUCCCUGUUACCAUGGAAACUGCAUCUACAGAUAAAUCAGACACAGACCUGCUGAAAAAAUCUAUUGCUGACAUGGGUGAUGCUGACACAUCUCUCCUGUCUGGUUACUCCUCCCAUAUGGACACAUCUUACUUCUCGGGUGACAUGGACAGAAAGGAACGAAAGGAGCCAGCAAGCACUGAUGACCUCAUCUCUGGCCUGGAGUGCCAAUCUGCCAUGUUCAGCUCAGAUUCCGGGAUCGAGAUGACCCCGAGUGCUGAGCUCGGCUACAACUCCCACAAGCUGCGAGACUCAGAAAAGCUCUUCGAUUCUACCUACAACUACAUGGACAUCAGUAGCAGAGAGGAUCCACACAGCCAACAGCACCUUCUGGAGGACUGUAAGAUAAGUGACACAGAUUCAGCUUAUCUUCCUAAUCUUAGGGGAGGGCAUUACCUGGAGAAGAGCCCCUCACCUGUGGAGGUGGAGACGCUAGGCCCAACUGCUACAGCACUCGAUUCGAACACCUUCCCCUAUGUGGAGGAGCCUUCAGAUGACGAGCUUUCUGACUACCAGCCCUACCGCUCACCAGGGGCUGGGGGUAGUGCCAGUCCAAUCAAGAUUACCUUGACCGAGACGCCGCCGUUAUCCGUCUCUCCCACCGCCACCCAGCGUGCCUCUCCUGUUAUGGUUUCUGAGAAAGAGAGCAUCCUAAGCCUAGGCCUGCAGGGAGUGCCCACUGUCACACUGUCCGAGCCAGAGGAUGAAAGUCCAGGCUCUUCUACACCACCACUUACAGAGGAGUCCGACUCCCCAUCUGAUCCUGUGAUCAAGACUACUGAAGUAAAAACAGUGAGUUUCUCUCAAGAACUCUCUCAGACAGCCCCCACGGAUCAGAGUCCUGUAGAGGAUAAGAUCACCUCGUCUCUUCCCCUGUAUGCCAAGGUUACCGAUGCCAGCAGUGGUGACUCAGGUGACUCAGAGAUCGAGCUUGUAUCUGAGGAGACAAGCCCACUGGCUCCCACCUCUGCCUACAUAAGCUUCAGCAAGAGUACCAGCAGCUCUGCACCAGCCCCUACUCAACCAGCUACUACUGCUCAUGUUCCUCCCUCUGCUCCUGUCUCUGCUUCUGCUGCUGCCCCCAAUAUGGCCAUGCAGUACAGCAUCCUGCGCGAGGAACGAGAGGCCGAGCUGGACAGUGAGUUGGCCCUGGAGUCCUGUGAAGAAGAAAGCCCCAAGAGGUUCCCCCAGGACUCCAAGACAAAGACGAGCAAAGCCGAGUCUCAACUCCCUGAGCCUCCAUCGCCCUUAACUACGACCAUUGCCGCUCCUCCUGUGAGCCCUGUACCUCCAGCAGCUACUCAAGUCCCGACCAAUGCUCCUAAAGAGAAAACCCCAAGUGAGGCGGUGGAAGAGAAACCUAUUCCCAGCACCAAGCCCUCAGCCCCCAGUGGAGUCAUGCCUGAGCUAAAGCUGGAGGAACCUCCUGAGGAGAGAAACAGGGAGAGGAGACGCUCAAGCUCUGCAAGACAUGCAACACCACCUGCUACCUUCCAGGGCAUCGGCAAAGAGAAGGCAAUGGAGUUGUUGUACUGGCGGGACGUGAAGCAGACCGGCCUAGUGUUCAGCAGUGUGCUGCUGCUGCUCUUCUCUCUGACUCAGUUCAGUGUUGUCAGUGUGGUAGCUUACCUCGGCCUGGCUGCACUCUCCGCCACCAUCAGCUUUAGAGUCUACAAGUCCGUCCUGCAGGCCGUGCAGAAGACAGACGAGGGACAUCCCUUCAAGUCAUAUCUGGAGAUGGAGAUGUCACUGUCGCAGGAUCAGAUGCAGAGUUAUGCUGAGAAGGCCCAGAACUACAUCAACAGCAUCCUGAAGGAACUGCGCAGGCUCUUCCUAGUGCAGGACCUGGUGGAUUCACUGAAGUUUGCAGUGCUAAUGUGGCUGUUGACCUACGUGGGAGCUCUCUUCAAUGGCCUCACUCUUCUCAUUAUGGCUGUUGUGUCCAUGUUCUCCAUGCCAGUGGUGUAUGAGAAAUACCAGGCACAGAUUGACCAGUAUUUGGGGCUAGUAAGGACUCAAGUAAACCAGGUGGUUGGAAAGAUCCAGGAGAAGAUACCAGGGUCAAAACGAAAGCCUGAGUAAAGCCACCAAGAGCCAGUGAGGAAUGCAAGGAGACCCUGACCACGCUAUCCUUUAUUACAGGGAGAGCUUCUCAUUGGUCCAAGGGUUUCUCAACAUACAUAUUUACACACAUGUACAGAUACACACAAAUGUACAAGUUACUGGAGCAUAGUUCUACUUUGUGCACACUGUGGUGUCUAAAGCAGCAACCAAGCCGUUCAGAGAAGUAAGUUCCAACCUCGCACAGUAACCAUCAAGAAAAAAAGACAAAAUGUGCCGUCACUCAAGCACUAAACUCUAGUUAGGUUAACAUAAAAUACUAAUUCAAAUAAAAAAACAACAACAAUGGAAUAUAGGAAUGAGUUGUAACAAAAAACAAAACCAAAAGAAAAGAUGUGUGUUUUUGUGUUGCUUAUUAAGUGCAUGAAGUCAAGAGUCUGUAAGUGCUGAUGCAUUUCUUUUCCUCUGGUUUCUUUUGCUCUGGGCUUCUCUGUAGUGUGUAAAUAAUCUCUUCAACUUUAGUGUUCUCGUGUAAAUAUCUUCAAGUCCAAAAGCAGCUUUUGUCUCUGCGUUGGGUGGGUCCUCUCAUAUCUCAGUAUAUCUGAAACAUAUACACUUAAAUAUAGCUAUCAGCUAGCUGCGUGGACAUGCCAAGGUUUACCUUCUUUGUGUAAGAAAACAGCCGCUAUUUAGAAGUGUUCUGAUUAGCUAUGUUAACUCGCAGUGUUUUUAUAUAUACAAUUUGUUACAGGAACUACAGAGACUUGGUUUUAGGUACCGUCGUCUAGCUUCUUUGGAAUAAAAUGCAAAUAAACUAGAGUGACAGAAGAGGAGUAAAAAGCGAGUAAAGAGAGUAAAAUGCCAGCUUGGUGAUUGUGUCCAUCUUUGUAUCAUGUUGAGUGUAGUUCUUCUUAGCCAUGGACUCUUAACUAUUUGCACUUAAAAUGUACUCAAUGCUGAAUGCGAGAAAUAAAUGUUCUUAAAUGUA